AACCCAAACUCCCGACCCCAAGCAGGAUUAGAUAAGCAAAACAGCCACCUAAGCCCACGCCGCGAAGUCGCCGCCACCGCCAUGAUCUCCGCGACGGCCACCGCCGCCUUCCUCGCCGCGGCGCCGGCCUCCUCCUCCUCCUGCACCACCCACCGCCGGCGCAGCGGCCUUCCCGCCAUCUCCGCGUCCCUCGCAACCGCCUCCUCCACUGAGGAGCCGCUGCUGGUGCGGGCGGCGAGGGGCGAGGACGGGCUGCCGCGGCCGCCGGCGUGGAUGAUGCGGCAGGCCGGGCGGUACAUGGCGGAGUACCAGGCGCUCGCCAAGCGCCACCCCUCGUUCCGGGAGCGGUCCGAGACGACCGAACUCAUCGUCGAGAUCACGCUGCAACCGUGGCGCGCCUUCGCGCCCGACGGCGUCAUCCUGUUCUCGGACAUACUCACGCCGCUGCCGGCCAUUGGGGUGCCAUUCGAUAUCUCCGACUCCAAGGGGCCUGUGAUCCAGUCUCCCGUGAGGUCCGAGGAGCAGGUGAGGGAGCUCACCCCCAUUGACUUCGAGAAGCUCCGGUUCGUCGGUGAGUCGCUCAAGAUUCUACGCACUGAGAUUGAUGGACAAGCUGCUUUGCUAGGAUUUGUGGGGGCCCCAUGGACAAUUGCAACUUAUGUUGUUGAAGGGGGGAUGACCAACACUUACACAAAUAUAAAGAGCAUGUGCCACACAGCACCAAAUGUGUUAAGGGGACUUUUGUCUCACCUUGCAGACGCCAUAUCUGAAUACAUUAUUUACCAAGUAAACUCUGGGGCUCAAUGUAUACAAAUAUUUGAUUCAUGGGGUGGACAACUUCCACCUCAUGUGUGGGAGCAGUGGUCAAAACCAUAUAUCAAGCAGAUUGUGAAUAAGAUUAAGAUUGAAUGCCCCAAUGUACCACUUGUUCUCUAUAUAAAUGGAAAUGGAGGCUUGCUUGAGCGAAUGACGGACACAGGAGUCGAUGUUAUUGGUCUUGACUGGACAGUGGAUAUGGCAGAUGGAAGGAGACGCCUUGGUAACAAAAUUAGUGUACAGGGGAAUGUUGACCCAGCAUUUCUAUUUUCUCCAUUACCAGUACUGACCGAUGAAAUUCAUAGGGUUGUCAAAUCAGCUGGUCCAAAAGGUCAUAUACUAAACUUGGGCCAUGGUGUUCUUGUAAAAACACCAGAAGAAGCUGUAGCUCAUUUCUUUGAUGUCACGAGGAGCUUGAGAUAUGACACACUUUUCCAAGGUUGUGUUACUGAAGUUUUGGAGCCUGUUGCUUAACAAUGGCCAAUUGUCAGAUAUUUUUUUUAAUCAGCUGAUCCAUGGUGUACCAUCGUAGUUUUGUCUGCAAGCUAUGUUGCUCCUUUUGUUGGCCAUGUCUUUGUAGGAAUAUCACGAUUCGUGACCAGGUCAAUUCAAUUUUAUUCAUUACUCUUAAUAGCUGUAUUCCUUCAUCCAUCCACAAAACAAAAACAAAAAGGCAUGCCACCUGGUUUUACAAGAAAAGCCAGAGUAGGUUCAAGGUGUUUUGUCCAUUUGU